UACACAUUUCCAGGGGUUUAUUUUAUCUUUAUCCAGUGUUUGUUGGAAGGCAGUUGCACAACAUUUUGUUACAGACAUUUGUGGAAUGUAUGUGCUUAGUGUAAAUAAGGAAGAUUUUCUGUCGCAAUUUACACGUCAUUUUAGGACGACGCUCUUGUUUCCCUUUCAACCGCUGAUACGACUUCCGCGUGUGGUGGUGUUGCUUACCAUAUAGCUGAUAUACUUGUUACUGUGCUGGUUGUUGACAAAUCAUUUGCCAAACUACAGAGCUACAUUUGGAAAGUAGUGGGAGGACAGAAUCAUGCCGCUAAAAGUUUUCAGUAACAAAUCUAAGGACAAGAAGAAACUAAAGAAUCCUCCUGAGGAAGAAUCCAGUUUGGACAUAGGUGCACCCUUUAACUUCAAGCGCAAUUUUCAUGUUGGCUUUGAUCAUGAAAAAGGGGAAUUCACAGGCCUUCCAGGGCCUUGGCAGGUCUUGCUGGAAGGAUCACGUAUCACAGAGGAAGAGCAGAAGGAGAACCCAAAGGCUGUAAUCCAAGCCUUGCAGACCUUCCAAAGGUCUGUAAAAAAGAAACCAGGUUCCAAUAAGUUUAUGUUGGUUGGAAAGACUGUUCAGGACCCAGACGAGGACUUGAGUGAAGGGGAACGCACUGCAUCAGGCGAUUCAGGACCAACAUUUGACGAUGAAUUGGUGGAUAAAGAUGUCCCUUCAAGUGCUGCAGGGGCUGCCGGCACAGAUUCUUCACCGACGGAGGAUUCCACUGAUGCUGCUACAGGUAAUGAUGACCAGGUGUUUAAACGGGAAAAACCCAAGGAGAAGAAAAAGCUUACUGAUGAGGAAGUGAUGGAAGAAUUACGACUGUUGGUCACCAACGAAGAUCCAAAUAUAAAGUAUAAGAUCCAAAAGCAGCUCGGAGCUGGUGCUUCAGGAAAGGUUUGCAUGGCUACAGACAACAUCACUGCAGAUGUCGUUGCCAUUAAAAUGAUGGACUUGGACAACCAACCAAAAAAAGAGUUGAUAAUUACAGAAAUCCAAGUGAUGAAGGAGCUGAACCACAAAAAUUUGGUGAACUACCGGGAUAGCUACUUGGUUGGGAAGGAGCUGUGGGUGGUUAUGGAGUUUCUGGAUGGGGGCGCGUUAACAGAUGUUGUCACAGAGACCAUCAUGAAUGAAGGUCAGAUUGCAGCAGUUUGUCUCGAGUGCCUAGAAGCCUUGAAGUUCCUGCACCAGCAAGACAUCAUCCAUCGAGACAUUAAAAGUGACAACGUUCUCUUGGGAAUGACUGGUCAAGUCAAAGUGACAGACUUUGGAUUUUGUGCUCAGUUGUCAGACAGCCAGAAUAAACGUGUAACAAUGGUCGGCACACCUUAUUGGAUGGCUCCAGAAGUGGUAACCAGCGAUGUAGAGGAAAAUGAUGGAAUCUCUGUAUUAAAAAGGAAACAGUAUGGAAAGAAGGUGGACAUAUGGAGCCUUGGCAUCAUGAUACUGGAGAUGUUGGAUGGAGAGCCUCCCUAUCUGAACGAAACUCCGGUCAAGGCUAUUUACCUGAUUGCUUCUCGUGGCAAGCCUCAGAUCAAAAACCGCGAGAAGCUUUCUUCAGAUUUGCAGGAUUUUAUUGACAGGUGUUUGGAAGUUGAUGUGGAUAAGCGUGCAGAUGCUGAUGAACUUCUCGCACAUGCUUUUCUGAAAAAGAGAAAGGCAUUAUCUACACUGAAACCCUUGAUUGUGGCAGCAAAAGAGGCUACAGGCCACUAGGAGACAGACUUAUAUAAUGAAAGGUCCCCAAUAACUCAACACAGCUUACAAUAAACAGUGUGCAGGAAUGUAAUGGUGCAGCUCCAAGUUAUUGUCCAGUUUGGUAAGAGCACCACUGCAGUGCUUAUUGGCUCUUUGGUUAAUGCAGAAAGGAAUCUCGUCUUGGAAAGGCAUUUUUGUGAAUUCCGUUUAUUCCAAUCAGAGAAGGACUUUCAUUAGAAAAAAAUUGUGAAUAGUAUUGAUAAGCAUACACAUUUCUUCCCUGAAAAAAUUGUGAAUAGUAUGGAUAAGCAUGCACAUUUCUUUUCCCUAAUAUUGUCUAGGAAGUAUUUUUGUUGAAUGAAUUGUAUGUUAUGCAUUAUGACUUGGAUGUCUGUUGAUGCAUUGACCUUUUAGCAGGUACUGAACGGAUUGCCGUUAACAUGUAUUUUACAUUACUUUUUUUUUCUGAUCACUGUGAGAAGGUCUGCUUUGGCUAAUGCACUCUGGCCAUGCGCUCACAGGCCAGAGAGUCUUGUGAAAUAUUGAUGUGUAUGUGUAAGCAUAUUCGAAAGUAUUACAUGUAGUUUAUGUCAAAGAUAAAUCAUGUUGUUGUUGGGCAAAACUUCUCCAGCAGUCACAGUUUGUCUUGUGCCUUAAAUUAGAAUAGACCAAAGCACGAACAGUGUAGUUUUGCAGUACCUUUUUAUCACAAAAACAACCCUAUGGUUAUGUUUACAAAACUAUGAGUCUCAGGCAUUUUGACUGGCUGUACCAUAAAUAUUAGUUGUGUGAGGAUUUGCUUGAGGAUUUUAAUUGAUAUGGUGUGAAUCUUUAUUACCCAGAUGGCUGUAGAUGCUACUCAAGAGUGUAACAAAAUUACAGGUGUAAAAUACAUUCUGUCUAUAAGGCAAACAAAAUUGUAAGAAGCCAUUCUUUAAAAUGGAGAAAGUGGGUAAAUAAUUAAGGUACAUGUAGUUUUCGUUGAGCAUUGUCCCAACAUGCCUGUAAGUGUCUGCUUCACUUAACCAAGGACGAUGUUCCAUACAGCCAUGGAAAGUAUAGGUCCUUGUGGUAUAGUGUCAUCGUUUUUUGUAGUUAAUAGCAAGUAAUGUACAUGUGCAUAUGUCCAUGUCUGGACUAAUACCUGCUGUCAUAAUGUUACUGCUGGUGAUGUGUUUCCAACUUUAUCAGCCUUCAGCCUUUAUCUUUGGGUUUAUUGGGCCAGAAAACUGCACAGGCAGUGUGACAUGCAUAAUGUACCCUUAUAUAGUUAUAAAUCUUUGUGAUACUCUUUUGAUAUGUCUUUUUUUGCCUUUCAUACAUGGUGUGUUUCUGUCUGAAAAUUUAUCUCUGUUGAAGUACAUGCAAUAUAGACACCAUCAAAUACACUUGGACCAGGUCUGUGCUUUUGUAACCCCUAUAAUUUGCUGUUCCAGUGGUCUCAGUGUGGUAGAGCAUCAAACUAGAACAGCAAAAUAACCAAACACACAAGACAUUAUUUGGUUCUAAUCUAUUUAAACCAGGUCAACUUUCUCUGUGUUGCAAAAUCACAGUUUGUGCCAUUUCCUCACGUAUAUCAGCAUUUGGUGCCCAUACUAACCUAAAAGGAGUUUCUAUUUUUAUUAAAGAUGGUUAAUAUUCUUUGCAAAAAAUGUCAGAAAAAAUUAACCUUACCCUUUUUAUAAUCCACUUUCAACCAGACAUGGUUAUUUACCUAUUCUGUGAAAUGUAAAACACUACGAAAAGAAUGUUCUGCAUGUAGUUAAAGUUUUGUUUUAUACUUUUCACUUUUCAGCAUCCUAACCUUGUGAUAGAUGCAUGUACUGUUUACCUAUUAUGGUGUUUUAUAAAUUUUUAAAAUCAGGGAACUAGAACAAAUCUAGUUUUCUUAGUUAUCUGCAGAUGGUUAUUGUAUUUAGUUAGAUGUUGAAGAAAAGGUGAAAAAUGUUUUAUAUUUUAUAUUGAACAUGUUAAAGAAUUUGACUAAAUUGUUAGCUAUUUUACAUAUUAUAUUUUAACACUAUAGCAAAUAAUGCAUUCCAGAGUUUUGCAACUAUUCAAAAAAAGGGAAUUUUUUAUGUAGUUGAUGUUCGUUGAGUUUAAGCUAAAAUAUUUUUAAAAUCCUUCUUUUUUUGUAUUCAAUCUUCCAAUUGUCUUAAGAAGCAAACAUGUGAAGCCACUGAUGCCUUAUUUGUUGAGCGAAGUAACAUUUUUAUCAUGUAGAUACAUUCCUGUUUUAUCAAAUGGUGAUAUUUUGAUUAUUUGUAGUCAGUCUGAGCAAGAAAAUAUCCUACAGGUAUGCCAUCAGGCAUGAACAAGCAUGGGUGAAUUAAAAGCACCAGGCAAUAACAUUACUUGCAUAUGCAAUUCAAGGCAAUGGUGGUCUUUAUAAUGUCUAUU